GUGGAUUAAGUAAAUCCUUGUUGCAUAUUGUGAGUCACUCUACAGACUUCACUUUUCAACUGUUAAACAUUGUAUAUUAUGAAGUCUAUAUACGUGUAUUUAUAAACUGUUUUUUUGUUGAAAUUGUUAAAUGAAAUUUUGCAGUUGUAUUUCAAUUAAAUUUUUAUUCCUUUUCCCAUUUUUCCCUCUCCUUGGUUUUGGCCACAUCUCCGUUGCCCAUGCACUGGAUCGACUUGACUUGCCCUUGUGUUGCCAAUCAAUGACGUUGACCCAUCCACCCCUGAACGCCCGUGUGAAAACCCUGGUUGGCUAUGCCCUUAUGGGCUCAUUGAAAAAAAUGGGCACCAUACCUGAACCUCCGAUUGAAUGCCCUGCCCAUUGCCAACAUCCACGAACGCCAAUGACCAAUGCAGUACAAUGCCAGUGUUUCAGUCCCAGACAGCAGUGGCCCCGAGCGCAUUUUGAGCAUCAGUGCCGAUAUAGACACCAUUGGAGAAAUUUUGAAGAAGAUUAUCCCCACUCUAGAGGAGUACCAGCAUUACAAAGGAAGCGAUUUCGAUUGUGAACUAAGAAUUCUUAUACAUCAGAGUCUGGCUGGUGGGAUCAUUGGUGUCAAAGGAGCAAAAAUUAAGGAGCUCCGAGAGAACACGCAAACUACCAUUAAACUUUUCCAGGAAUGCUGUCCACAUUCUACAGAUAGAGUAGUCCUUGUUGGUGGCAAACUUGAAAAGGUGGUGAAAUGCAUAAAGAUCAUUUUGGACCUGAUAUCUGAGUCUCCAAUCAAAGGCCGUGCACAGCCUUAUGACCCAAACUUUUACGAUGAAACAUAUGACUAUGGUGGCUUCACUAUGAUGUAUGAUGAUAGAAGAGGACGUCCUGUCGGAUUCCCUAUGCGUGGAGGAUUUGACCGCAUGCCUCCUGCUGGUCGACCUAUGCUUCCAGCCCGAAGAGAUGAUUACGACAUGAGCCCCAGAAGAGGACCACCUCCACCACCACUUCCAGCCCGGGGUGGCAGAGGGGCUAGCAGAGCACGUAACCUUCCACUUCCUCCGCCACCACCCCCAAGAGGAGGUGAUCGAAGAGGCAGACCUGGUGAUCGUUACGAUGGAAUGGGAGUAGGUGGUUAUGGUCCUAAUUCAUAUGGUGAUCUUGGAGGCCCCGUCAUAACCACACAAGUGACUAUCCCUAAAGAUCUGGCUGGUUCUAUAAUUGGUAAAGCAGGUCAGAGGAUUAAACAGAUACGCCAUGAGUCUGGGGCUGCAAUUAAAAUUGAUGAACCACUUGAAGGCUCUGAAGAUCGUAUUAUUACUAUCACUGGCACACAGGACCAGAUCCAGAAUGCACAAUAUUUGUUGCAGAACAGUGUGAAACAGUAUUCAGGCCGGUUCUUCUGAGAAGUCAUCUGAAGAUGGGACUACUGUGAAGUUUUUUUUAAUCUGCUCCUGUUUAAAAAGCCCAACAUUCCUCGUCUGCUUAGUGUUUACCAUUCGGAGUGUAAAUUUCAUCUCUAACGAAUCAAUCGUAGGGCCCCACUUUUAAAACUGCAGGAGUGAUUUGGAUUUUUAUUUUGUUAAACAGUCUGUACUUUUUUCUGUAACUAGAACAUUCUCAUUUUUGUGUGCACUGUAUAGAAGUACUGGUUUUCCAGUUAUCCAUUCAGCAGCCAUGUGGAUAUUUUGUUUUUGUAAUAAAACAUUUUAUGAUUUUUUAAUUGUGGAGACUACUGGUAAUUCUAUGAUAAAUUAUUACGUAUUUGAAGGUUACUGAUUUGCAAGGAUGUAGCCAGUGCCCUGUUUGUUCCAUGUAUAUUUUUUUACCUUACUGCCAGAAGUGGUAUGCAAAUAAAAAGUUGGAAUUCGUGA